GUGGCUGAGAAAGCAAUCCUCCACGUCACUAGGAAGUAGUGGAGUGCCGAGUUGAGGGCUCGUCAAGGCGAUUUUCUGAGUAAUUCACAGAUGUAAAGAGCAAAUCUGGGAUAUUGUAGGCCAUUUCAGAAGAUAACAGGUUUGCAUUCAGGUACUCUCCACUCUGUGACGUUCAUUGGGAUUCUUACGAGGCAUCCAACCCAGCGGCGACAUGACAGCUGCAGAGAAUGUUUGUUACACCCUGAUCAAUGUACCAAAUGACUCGGAGCCCCCGUCUGAAGUCAGCCUGAAAGCUGAUUUAGAAAAGGGGGAGAUCAAGGCAAAGACAGAAGCCUUGAAAAAGGUGAUCAUCAUGAUCCUGAAUGGUGAGAAGUUGCCGGGUCUGCUGAUGACCAUCAUUCGCUUCGUCUUGCCACUUCAAGACCACACAAUCAAGAAGCUGCUUCUGGUUUUCUGGGAGAUUGUCCCCAAAACUACCCCAGACGGCAAGCUGCUUCAGGAGAUGAUCUUGGUCUGUGAUGCCUACAGAAAGGACCUGCAGCACCCCAAUGAGUUCAUCCGUGGCUCCACCCUGCGCUUCCUGUGCAAGCUGAAGGAGUCUGAGCUGCUGGAGCCUCUCAUGCCAGCCAUCCGGGCGUGCCUGGAGCACCGACACAGCUACGUGCGCCGCAACGCCGUCCUGGCCAUUUACACCAUCUAUAGGAACUUUGAACAUCUCAUCCCAGAUGCUCCAGAGUUGAUCCAUGAUUUCCUUGUCAAUGAGAAAGAUGCCAGCUGUAAGAGAAAUGCCUUCAUGAUGCUGAUUCAUGCAGAUCAGGACAGAGCUCUGGAUUACCUCAGCACGUGUAUCGAUCAAGUCCAUACUUUCGGCGACAUUCUCCAGCUGGUUAUUGUGGAGCUGAUCUACAAAGUGUGUCACGCUAACCCCUCUGAACGUGCCCGCUUCAUCCGCUGUAUCUACAACCUGCUGCAGUCCUCCAGCCCAGCCGUGAAAUAUGAGGCUGCCGGCACUCUUGUCACCCUCUCCAGCGCGCCCACUGCAAUCAAGGCUGCUGCACAGUGCUACAUUGAUCUGAUUAUCAAGGAAAGUGACAACAACGUGAAGCUGAUUGUUCUUGAUCGUCUCAUCGAACUGAAGGAGCAUCCCACUCAUGAGCGUGUACUUCAGGACCUGGUCAUGGACAUCCUGCGUGUUCUCAGCACACCUGACCUGGAAGUGAGGAAGAAGACCUUGCAGCUGGCACUGGACCUUGUCUCAUCCCGAAAUGUUGAGGAGUUGGUGAUUGUUUUGAAGAAAGAGGUGAUCAAGACCAACAACGUCACAGAGCACGAGGACACUGAUAAAUACAGGCAGCUGCUGGUGCGCACUCUGCACUCUUGUAGUGUGCGCUUCCCUGACAUGGCGGCCAAUGUCAUUCCUGUGCUGAUGGAAUUCUUAAGUGACACUAAUGAGGCAGCUGCUGCUGAUGUGCUGGAGUUUGUGCGGGAGGCCAUUCAGAGGUUUGACAACUUGAGACCCCUCAUCAUUGAGAAAAUGCUGGAAGUUUUCCACGCCAUCAAAACUGUCAAGAUCUACAGGGGAGCACUGUGGAUCUUGGGAGAAUACUGCAGCACCAAGGAAGAUAUUCAGAGUGUGAUGACAGAAGUCCGCAGAUCCUUGGGAGAUAUCCCCAUAGUGGAGAACGAGAUAAAGAAAGAGGCAGGAGAGGUGAAGCCAGAGGAUGAGGUCAGCGCAGCUCCAGCCCAGAAACUGGUGACAGAGAUGGGCACCUACGUGACCCAGAGCGCCCUCAGCUCCUCCCGGCCCUCCAAGAAAGAGGAGGACAGGCCUCCACUCAGAGGCUUCCUGAUGGAUGGAGAUUUCUACGUGGCAGCUUCCCUGGCCACCACACUGACUAAAGUGGCCUUGCGUUAUGUUGCGAUUGUUCCAGACAAAAAGAAACAAAAUUCUUUUGUUGCAGAGGCCAUGCUGAUCAUGGUCACCGUGCUGCACUUGGGCAAGUCCUCUCUGCCCAAGAAGCCCAUCACAGACGAUGACGUGGACCGCAUCUCGCUGUGCCUCAAGGUCCUGUCAGAGUGCUCGCCACUCAUGAACGACAUUUUCAACAAGGAGUGCCGCAAAUCGCUGUCACACAUGCUCACUGUCAGACUGGAGGAGGAGAAGCUGUCACAGAAGAAAGAAUCUGAGAAGCGUAACGUUACAGUGCAGGCCGACGACCCCAUCUCCUUCAUGCAGCUGACAGCCAAGAAUGAGAUGACUUCUAAGGAGGACCAGUUCCAGCUCAGUCUGCUCGCUGCCAUGGGAAACACUCAGAGGAAGGAGGCUGCUGAUCCUUUGGCUUCAAAACUCAACAAGGUGACCCAACUGACAGGCUUCUCAGACCCAGUCUAUGCCGAAGCAUAUGUUCAUGUCAACCAGUAUGACAUUGUUUUGGAUGUGCUGGUGGUCAACCAAACCAGUGAUACCCUCCAGAACUGCACCCUUGAGCUGGCCACUUUAGGUGAUCUCAAGUUGGUUGAGAAGCCUUCCCCUCUAACUCUGGCCCCUCAUGAUUUUGCUAACAUCAAGGCCAACGUCAAGGUGGCAUCCACGGAAAAUGGCAUUAUAUUUGGCAACAUUGUUUAUGACGUGUCAGGAGCUGCAAGCGACAGGAACUGCGUUGUCCUUAGCGACAUCCACAUUGACAUCAUGGACUACAUCCAGCCAGCGUCAUGCACUGACGCAGAGUUCAGACAGAUGUGGGCAGAGUUUGAGUGGGAGAACAAGGUGACAGUGAACACCAACAUCACAGAUCUGAACGAAUACCUCCACCAUAUCCUCAGCUCCACUAACAUGAAGUGCCUGACUCCUGAGAAGGCACUAUCUGGCUUCUGCGGUUUCAUGGCUGCCAACCUGUAUGCCCGCUCUAUCUUUGGAGAAGAUGCCCUGGCUAAUGUCAGUAUCGAGAAGCCCAUCCACCUGGGGCCCGACGCACCUGUCAAUGGACAUAUACGCAUCAGAGCCAAAAGUCAGGGCAUGGCUUUGAGCCUGGGCGACAAGAUCAACCUUUCCCAGAAAAAGACAGCUGUCUGAAACAACUCCAGAGCAGCAGUCCAGCUGAUCACUCUGACUUUGUUCAAGUCAUCUGCUAAUCUCUUGUGUUGCUUGUCUUUACGGCCUUUGCUCACAGCAAAAUAAGAGUUCUGUAUGGUCAGUCUUUCUUUUCAUUUUACAACACUUAUGUCUGAAAACCAUUUCCAUCCAGAUAAUGUCCUUUCCCUGUCCUAUCUUUAAUUUUCAAUAAACCUAUAUAUUAAAAAAAGAAUGGAAAUAUA